CAAAAAUCCCAACUAUGGACCCUACCUACCUCACCAGCCUCCUUCCACCCCCCUCUCCCAUCCCUUCCCCCACUGAACUCUCCUCAGACACCCACCAAUCCCUCUCACCGCGCUUAAAAUUCCAAAAAUCUAGCCUAGCCCACAACAAGCUCAGCCUUCAUAAGAAAUCUAGCCCAAAAAGGAAUAGUACAAGCUUGGAGAAGAAACAGAGUCUGCUGAAGGUACUUGACGUGAUGAAUAAGCCAAUGGAAAGAGGCACUUUGUAUGAUAUGGAGCUGGGAGAUGUUAUGCUGUAUAAGUAAGAUGCAGCUACAUCCUCUGAGGAGUGAGAUUGAGAAGUUCUUUAAGGCGGAAAGGACUCCUUAUAAGGGGUUUAAAGGAUAUCAGAUGAAGAAACAUUCGAGUAUUAGGAAUUACCUGAGAGAAAAUAAUCAUUGAUUUAUUGAGAGUAAAGAUAUAGCAGAGAAAAUUGAUAGGAUAGUUGUGAAGAAGAAUUUAAGGUCGUCCUUUACUUUUCAUGAGAAUAAACAAGUUAGAAGCUCAAAAACACCGUUAGCGAAAACUAUGGGAAAGAAAAAUUUUCUCUCACAUUUUUCUAAAAAGAUUGUUAACUCAAAUAAGAAACUAAGAUCUCAAAAUUCAUUAAGCAGGAAUACAAGAAGUACAUUUACUCCUGGCCCUACUGGUAUGCGAAAGAGCAUUAGUCAACCAAUAAGCAUAGAAUCUUGCCAAAACCAGAGAAAUUUUCCGAGAAGGAGAUCAAUAGAUGAAAUACAAGAAAAAUACCUUCAAAUAAAACAAAAAGCUAAUGCAAUGAAAGAAUCAAAGCCAAACCAGAUUCAAAGCUAUAUCCAGAAAUAUUCAAUGAUAAACCUUGAAUAUAGAGCAUAUGCUAAAAGAAUAAAUUUCAACAUAGAGUACAAUAAAACUCCAGGGAUUUCUAUAAAUAUGAUCAAAAUGAAAUCUAAAUAAGCUUCAACAAAUGGAAAAGAAAUUAAAAAGAUAUCAGAAAAAGAAAAGAUCCUCAGUUAAGUUACUCAAACCUCAGAUUGAAAAGUUUGCAAUCAAAUUGAAGGAAUCUCAGAAAUUUUUCAAUAGAAUGAGAAGAAAAUUCACUGAAGAUAACGAAAGAGAACUAGCAAAUAAAACAAAUGAAUUUACAAAGUUAGAGUGUAAUCAAACAAAGUCUAGAGUGAAUGACUUAGUACAUUCUACUCUUUAA